GGGAAUGACUUUUUUACGCCGUUGCUUGGUUUCAGAAAAUCAAUAAUAGAGCAGCACAGUUGGUGUCUGGCAUCGAUACUUCCAUUUCAUUUUUCUUCUUCUUCUCUUUUUUUUUUACAGCACCUCAAUGAAAUGUACACGCUAUGUGCUGCCAAGACAUAUGAAAGCACUUUUCAAAUGGGGAUAAUUUAUAAAGAAACAACUCUGGAUUAAAUUUAAUGUUCCUGGACUCGGGCAUUCGCUGGACAUGGAAGGCAGUAAACAUUACAUGAUGAAAGCUUAAUACUUUCAGCCUGUUAUCUCCAGACAACAAACCAGAAUUAGAAUCCAGUGGAAACUGGUCGAUGGCCGAGCGCCUCGUGCAAUGUGUGCGCUAACGGCUCAUUACUGGAAGUACAGAUUGUAAAAAAAAAACCUUGUGGACGCGAACGGAGUGGACAGUGUGUCCGGAUGCCGCCCGGGGAACGUGUUUCAAGCCAACAGCGUUUUGACCACGUCAACACUCCAAUUAGCAAGGUGGCGCCUCUUCAAGCGAUAGCGUGGGGAAAUUAUCACUGUUGUGUACAAGUGGGGAAAGGAGGUGUGAGAGGAUGUCACUUUGAUGCUCCUUUGCCGUCCUCAUUACCACUCUUGUCGGUCUAAUUAUCAGAGUAAGCAUCAGAUAGCGAAAAAACAAAGAUCAGCAAUGAGAGAAGGGGGAGCGAUUAAUGGAUCCGGUGUUUGGAAUGCCAGUGCCACUCCAGACAGGUUGGCCUGGGACAUACAGCAGCUGCUGGUGCCCACCCUGGAUGCCCUCAUCAUGCUGACGGGCACCAUCGGGCAUUCUCUGGUGAUCUUCGUCCUGGCGGGGAGGAGGAAGAGGACAGCUGGGCCGCCGCACGGUACCGACACCCUGCUGCUUGCGCUCAGCGCGUCCGACCUGCUCCUGCUGACCUGCCUGCCCUUCCACACGGCCGCCAUCGCCCUGGGCACCUGGCCCUUCGGCGACUUCCUGUGCAAGGCCGUCAGCUUCCUGGGCGUGGCCUGCAGCGGCGCCAGCGUCUUCACCCUGUCCGCGCUGGCCGUGUCGCGCUACCUGGCGGUGGUGCACCCGACCUGGGCAUUCGGGCGCUGGCGCACUGGCCGCUGGCUAAACGCUGUGGUGGCGUUGCUCUGGGUGCCGGCGUGCGCCCUAGCGGCGCCGCAGUUCGCCUUCCGGGCGGUGGGCACCUCGGUGGGCCCCCUCCACUGCUUCGCCUUCCUGUCCGACCUGAGCCAGCGCGUCUACGGCACGGCGCUCUUCCUGAUGGGUUUCGCGCUGCCGCUGGCCGUCAUCGUGCUCAUGUACGCCAAGAUCUACUGCUUCCUGCGGCACACGCGGCGCCAGGGCCGGGCACCGCAGCUGGAGCGCUACCAGAGCCAGGUGACCAAGACGUGCGCCCUGCUGGUGCUGGUGUUCACGCUCUGCUGGCUGCCCUCCUACGUCCUCAUGCUCAUGCUGGUGGGCGACAGGCUCGGCACCGGCUCACUCCACUACCGCUCGUUUGCCAUCUGCGCCCGCCUGCUGGCGUCCUCGUCCACCGUGGUCAACCCCGCGCUCUACGUUUUCAUGUCGCACAAGUUCCGCCAAGAGCUGAUAGGCCUGAGCAGGCACCGCUGCCGCGACUGCAAAGCAUGCUGGGAUUACUGUCCUGGGCUGGGCCGGGACAAGGUGCAGCCGUUUAACCCCGUGGAGCUGGAGACACCGCCGCCUCAAGGAUAGAGGAAGGAGCCUGCUGACACUCUAUGCUGCACAGACAGCCACACAACUGCCUCAGGACUGUGGAUAUCUUAUUUUGGGUGGGCCUGGAAUGUCUGACUGGUUUUAUUGUUGCAGAAAUUGAUUGAAUUGAUUAUACUUUAUUU